UGCCCAGUUUCUCGCAAGCAGGCAAACUCAGUGGUUCCAGGUUCCAGUUGAACGGGCUGCUUCCACUCAACUCGACACAGCUUCACAGUUUCCAUAUUCAACACUAUAAUCCAGGCGACUACGCUUAGCGUUAUAAAGCCGAUCAGCUAAAAAGCGACAUUUUUCAAGGAGUUCGAUUCGAGUCCAGGUGAAAAACAAAGAAAAACAUCAGCCAAAAUGUCUGAUCGCAAGGCCGUGAUUAAAAAUGCCGACAUGAGCGAGGAGAUGCAGCAGGAUGCCGUCGAUUGUGCGACACAGGCCCUCGAGAAGUACAACAUUGAGAAGGACAUUGCCGCUUACAUCAAGAAGGAGUUCGACAAAAAAUACAAUCCCACAUGGCAUUGCAUUGUGGGCCGCAACUUUGGAUCGUAUGUCACCCACGAGACGCGCCACUUCAUCUAUUUCUAUUUGGGCCAGGUGGCCAUUUUAUUGUUUAAGAGCGGUUAAAGUAUUGUCGAGUCGGAUGAAGUGGUGGUGAGGAGGCUGAUGGAGAUGCAGCAGCUGCACCGACAACAACAGCAGGCGCAGCAGUCGCAUUUCGUGGCAUCAGAGGACGAGGAUCUAGAGCAGAAACAGCAAGAACC